AUGCCGAGUUUCUUCUCAAGGUUAAAGGGUAAAGAUGGCCCAACAAAAGCGUCCAAGAAGAAGGGAGGACUGGAUGAUCUUAGUGAUCAAGCACCAGCGAAGCCAACAUGGACAGAUGCAUGGACAAGAACUACGGUAGAACCAGAAGAGAUUCAAGAACUGGUGAGGGGAUGUACCGUGGAAUUAAAAUCAAGAGCUUUGGACAUGCCAUUCCUUCUACUUCCAUUCCGACCUACCUCAGAUCCGAGCGCGGCAAGAACGUUCAUUAGGAAUUUCUUCGAUAAGAGACAAUUGAGUCGGGAGAUGUUGGCUCAAGAACUAAGACUCACGGAACCUAUGGUGCUAUGCAGUGUGCUUAAAUGGUGUUGGAGUCGAAUGGUUGGUGGUGUAGUUUCUUGGGACGCAUAUGAAUUAUUUAAAGUUGGAGAGCAUGACUCAAAUUAUGCCCGAGACGCGUUUGUGACUUUUAUACCUUUGAGUGUCGAAUCUGAUGCGAGAAGAGAUAUCAUUUUUGAUUUCUUUGACCUCUUAUCAGCAAUUGCAGCACAUGGAAAAUUAAAUGGUUUAGCUGGACGCAAAUUAUCAAGAUAUGCGGGAUGGUGGGCUUUCGAUCAUGUUGAUACAGGUAAUGGAUUUGAGGGUGGAUAUAAAGGAUGGUCAACUGCGGCUGAUGCUGCAAGUCAUCUAUUCUUCGCCUAUCUUCGAUCACUCUCCCCCGAAUCUGUUCGAGGUAUGAGCGGUAUAUCUAAAUUGCCCAUGUCCCUACAGAAGCUUGUCCAAGAAACCGAAUACCCGCCAGAACAUCCUUCGCUAUUACAACAAUCAACUAUGAAAGUGGUAAUGAUAGUGAAUUCUGUUUCACCUACACCAUUUGCAUUAUUACGAAGAGCGAAUCACUUUCAAUAUCGAGACGAUGACCGCGCUUUACAGCAAUUCUCCGAAUAUGAGGAUCCUGUAAGGGCUUUAACUGAUGAAUGUCGUCGUGUUUUGAGAUCAAUUUCUUCCACGAAUCAAUCACAAAUAUCAAAUUCUCAAGACUCCACCGGUUUACCAGAUGCUUCUUGGUCAAGAUUCGAGGAUGUUGGGUUUUCUGCAACUUUUGAUGACAGGGCUGGCGAUGACAAUGGUUUUUUGGCACCGGGAAAACCAAAACCGGUACAAGGACUAAGAAACACUCCAGCAAAUGCCGUGGUUAAAUCUGGUGAUAGGCCAACUACACCAUCCUGGGCGGAUUUCCUCUCUUCUGGAUUUACUGAUGAUGGAACAACUAGUCCUCCGCCUUUAUUAUUACCACCUGACAAGAUUUUACCACCGAUUAAUACCAGGGCAGGAAGCUCGCAAUCGCAUCAACCUAGACUUGAAUCAAAUAAAGACUUGGAACCGGGUGAGCUUGCAAGCAUUACUCGAUUUGACUUGGAUGAUUCGUUCUGGUGGGUUUGGAUAAGUAGUUUGGCUGGUGAGGAGACAGUGGACAGAAAGGCUUCAUUUGGACGCUGCGCUUUGAUCGAGACGACAAUUCCUGGUGGUCGUUGGCUGUUAAUGGAGGAAAUGGUGAAAGGUGCUGCACCAGAGCCUGAGGCGGGUGCUUAUAUUGCGGAGAAAAAGAGCUUUUGGGGUCGAACGAGGAAGAAUAAGAAUAGUGCAAAACGACGAGGAUCUACUGGCAAAACAGAAUCGGAGAAACCGAACAAUUUAAAACCCGGAUACACUCAAAGUACGAGCGCUAGUAAGACUACCAUAGGUCCUGAUCAACAUGCUCGGAUUCAAGCGGCAGCAAUUCAGUUACAACAAAGGCAGAGAAAGCUGGAUGAGGAAAAAGGAUUAGCGCUUCGACGUGGAAGAAAUGAUUUGGAUGCAGAUUCGUUAAAGACAAACAGUGUCUUUACACUUCAACCAAUGCUCAAAUCAGAAGCUUCACCAGCAAUGAAAUGGGCCAAUAAAUACGAUAAGGAUGCAGUUCGGGAAGCAUAUCUUGGUAGUGGCUUCACGGGACGUGGCCUUGGAGAAGCUGUUACGGAGACAAAUGGAAGCUCAUAUGAUCGUCAAGCGGCUUUAUCACCAGGUAUUAAUAUCAACAGAGAUCUGCCUCCCACUCCAACUACUCCAAUUCAAUCUUCAUCGCCUUUACCACCUUUGCCGGACAAGGAAACUGGAGAGGCGAAAUCUCCCGUUUCACCAAGUGAUAUUCACCCACUUCAAAGAAAACCCGUUCCAAUGUCUCCUUUGAAUCAAAAUAAGCCAAGUAUGGAUAUCUCAAGAGCUUCUUUGGAUUUUUCGGGCUCAAGCCCAGAAAUUCAGGAUCAGAAUCAAGGAUUCAAGAAGAAAGAUCCUGCUGCCGGUAAUGGAUUCAGGGGUAUGUUUGGGAGGAAGGGAAAGCAACCAAGAGCUGCACCACCAAAUGCUUCUGAAGUAGCAAUGAAUGGUAAAGGUGGACUUAAGCCUGAAAGUAAAAGGAACAGUCUCACUAGACGAUUUUCGAGAAGAAAGAGCCCACUCAUGUCACCUAGUAGUGAAGGAGGUGAUGGAUUUGUUUCACCAGCUCCUCCAAUGUCAUCUGGUGAACGAACUCCUCUUACACCGGCUACACCAGUCACUCCUCGUCGUCCUUCUUCUGAACACUCUAUUGAUCAAGACGAUAUUUCUAGAGUUGAUACUGAGGAUGCUCGAGAAGCUACUCAAGAAUUCUCCAGAUUUGAUCAAGGACCUCUCGAAGAUUUCCCAGCAUUUGUUCCAACAGCCGAAUCAGAUACGCCAAGGGGAAGUGAAGAUUCUGCAUCUCCCCCUAACAUUGCAAGAAACCGAAAUGAAGAAGCUAAAAAAUCUCAAGAUGAAGCACUCAUGCAACCAACCUCUCCUCAAGAUAGAUGGGCACAAAUUCGUAAGAAUGCUGCCGUGCAAGCAGCAUCAAAUAGAGAAAGUGAGGAACAAUCUAGAGGUGGAUAUAGUCAGCCAACUGAUAAUGAUGAUGGAGAAACUUCAGGUGAAGAGACGAUUGAAUCUCGAGUUGCACGUAUUAAAGCUCGUGUAGCUGAACUUACCGGUAAUAUGGAGAACAAUAACUCAUCUACUCCUCCUCCUAUUCGAAGAAAACCUCUAUAG